AUGAGAUCGCCCGAGACAUCUUACGAAAAGGGUGCACGCGAACGUCUUGACCGACUCAGAAAGCAUAAUUUCCACCCCUCCAACACACCCAACUCACCUGAUUUUGGUACCAACCAAUACAUCAGCAUCAAUGAAGAGCUUAAACAAAAACUCAAGGAUGUUGUUCUUCAGUUCAAUGCGCCCGUAAGAUAUGCAUUUGCAUACGGGAGCGGUGUAUUCCAUCAGUCAGGUUAUGACCAAAACAAAAAACCUAUGAUGGAUUUUAUCUUUGGUGUAUCACAUCCUGAACAUUGGCAUGCACUCAACAUGCAACAAAAUCCCCAUCACUACUCAAGUGUACGUCUGUUGGGUUCGCGUGCAGUAGCAUCAUUGCAAGAGAAAGUGGGUGCUGGCGUCUACUUUAACCCUUACAUCGAAGUUAAUGGCAUGAUGAUCAAAUAUGGUGUAGUGUCCAUCGAUACCCUUUGCAGAGACCUUGUCGAUUGGGAAACACUUUACUUGGCCGGACGUAUGCACAAACCUGUCAAGAUAUUGAGAGAUGAUCCUCGCGUCCGUUUGGCCAACCAGGUCAACCUGACAGAGGCAGUGCGCGUAGCUCUAUUAACCUUGCCAGAGAACUUCAAUGAACAAGAUCUGUUUGAACGUAUUGCUGGCAUCAGCUACGUUGGCGAUUUUAGAAUGGUAGUGGGCGAGAACCCCAACAAAGUGAAGAAUAUUGUUGAGGCUCAGAUGGAUCAUUUCCGCCGAUUGUACUUUGCUCUUCGUGAUACAAUCUCUCGGUCAGCCAUGACGCAGAGCAUCAAAGGUAUUGUCACUGCUGGACCAUUGAGAACAACCCGGUAUAUGGGAGAGAAGUUGGGCAAAUGGUGGUCAGCCAAGAAGUAA